UAUUAUAUCAAAUGAAAACAAGCAUUAUUUAAUACUCCUACAUGUGUGUGUGUAUGUGUGUGUGUGUGUGUGUGCUCGCAAUUAAUUUUUCUUUCUCAUAUCUUUAUGGCUCUUUUUUUUAUAAUAAUUUCGAUGUCUUAAAAUGUUAUACAAAAUAUCAAUCCUGCAAUGUACCAACAUUUUACUAUUCUGUACAGGUUUCUAUAUAAAUACAAAACCACCAUACGCGAUAUAAAGAAAAAGAUGAGAACACCAUAUUACAACAUCGACGCUUGUUCACUUCUUCUUCUAUGGAAGAAGAGACUCGUCGGCGGCGCCUCAACCCUUUCGCAUCCGUUCGCCACCUUGCAUCAGAUGGGGAACCGGAGAGAAGAGAGGGAAUGACAUAAAAGUGGAGCGGUGUCGAGGCGCAGCGCACUCUACGGCGAUAAUCGGGCAGAAAGAGAGAGAGAAAGAGACAGAGAGAGAGAGAGAGAAAAGGAGAAAGAGAGAGGGAGAAGCGAGUGUAGAAUUUCUCUCCCACGCACGUCACGCAUGUCAAACGAUCGGACGUGAUCGGCCACCCUCGCGACGACAGGCUAUCGCGCUAUCGAGCAGAGCGAGUUCGUCAAACCCACCUGCGCUAUUGCAGAGCGAGCACCUACAUAGAGAGACACGAGAGUGGCAACUGCGUGCCAGGAUAGGAAGAUCGCGAUCGUUCUUCAAGCGUGGUCCAAGUGUCCCGUUCGAAGAUCGUCGUCUUCGAACAGGAGAUCACUCUGAGAGAUUCGCCCCGAGACUCGCUGAUACCACGGCACAUCGGCAGCGGAGCGUCAUGUGCGUACGUACGUUGGUUGGUAGCGAGACGGGCGAGACGAUGUCCACGUUGUCCGAUUCGAAGCAGACAAGCGGAAAGCUAUCCCGCGCCAAGGAGAAGUAUAUGAGACUCCACGAGGAGAAGCUGGAGAAGCAGAAGCUCCUGCGUCGGCGGGAACAGGAGAAGAACGCGCUCUACCUGCCCGAUCUGGCCGACGAUGUCCUGACCGCCAGCACGGCUCACUACAGUCAGCUGUUGAAGAAGCUGACCAAGUACUACGAGGUCGUGCGUCGUUCCAAAACGUACAAGAUCUUCUUUCACACGACACAACCCACUCACAUAAUCAUGAUUGUGGCGGUCUUGUUUGUUGCAUCGGUCCUCGUUCCAACGAAGGAAAGGGCGCAGGUUUCUGGCCAUUCUUACUCCACAGCGGCCUCCUUCAUCUAUCUCACAUCCUUUGUCAUACAUUUUGGUGCGCAAAUUUGGAUGACCUUCGUAUCAGGUCUAUCCUUAUACUUUGCAUUGCCACGACAUGCGUUCGGUGAGGUGCAGCGCGUGCUGUUUCCGAGAUACUUUACGAUUAACGCGUGCUUGAGUCUCACCACGCUCCUCAUAUUCGUCAAACACCAUCCGGCGUACAUGUGGGACGUCGAAAUUGCUAUUCAGGUCGGUGCGAUGUCCGGGGCCUUUUUUCUGGAACUGCUGAUACGUCUCUAUCUAACACCUCCGCUGCUCCAGCUGAUUGUGCAGAAAAACAACUUGGAACGCGCGGCGGGUGUCGGGAACGAGAUCGGCGGCCACAACGCCGGGCCGUUAAAAAACUGCCCGCACUACUUGAAGAUCCAUCAGGCAUUCCGCCGGGUGCACGUGACCGUCGCCAUGGGAAACAUGCUCACCAUGGCGUUUACGGUGCUUCAUCUAUAUUAUAUUGCGAGUAAAUUAUGUGUUCUGUAAGAGUAUGUCAAUUUCGCCUCGAAGACUUAGAACUUUAGUAUUCUAGUAUUGUAUUCUGUUAGUCUGAGUUUAUUCUAUAUUGAAAUAGAAUAAGCAUUCAGCGAAAAGAUCGCAUACAACAAUUGUUAUUUGCACGACAUAAGUCACGCAUGUUGUUGAUUUGAGAGGAAACUAAACCAAGACAAGAGAAUAAAAAUGAAUUUUAACAUUUCUCAUAAAUAUAUGAUCUGGCUACAAUUCGUUGGUAAUGCUGUGUAAAUUAUUGCUGAAAGUAGUGCGAAACGCGUGCAUGUGUAACUUGUGAGAGUGUCUCGAGACUGAAUGGAUGUAAUUUAUUUGUCGACAUUAAAAAGAAAAGUUGAUACUUUCAUAUAAAUAAUAUUUCAAACGAAAAUUUAGAAAUUUACUUGACUUAGGAUAGACGUAUGUAAAAAUAUUGUUAUACAUACAUUCAAAUCUCUUAAGGCAUAGAUUCUUGCCAAAGCGUAUUUCUUUUUUCUUAUAUCGACGAUGUGAGAAAAUAAUUAAGUUCUUGCGUUAUAUUACAAAAGUGUAUUAAUACAACUAGAUAAAAGUAUUCUAUCUACGAUUGAGAAGAUAUCGUAGUUUUCUUGAUAAUGCUUUAAGAAUACGAAAUUUUUAAGAAUAUUUUUGCUUUCGAAUAGUUUCAUGAAUAUAAAAAGAUCCUUGCUUAUAUAUACUACAUUGGAGGCGAUAAAUAUAUAUUUACUCUGUAUCAGAGUUAAUGAUAUUUAUUAAACUAGCAAGAGAGAAAGUAUACUAAAAAAAUCAUGCAUACACACACACACACGCGCGCGCGCAGUAAUGUCAGUCUAGAUUAAAAUUUUAUAUAAUUAACCGAAUUGUAGACUCGUAUACAGAGCUCAUUAUUGUAAAUAAUUACAUUUUCCUCGUUUGACAUUUGUAAAUCAUACUUCAUAUAAUAAAACAUGCAUGCUGUUUUUGUAAAAAAAA